GCCGCUAUAGUGGAUUAUUACAAAAAUGCUUUUCCUAUUUUAUGCAGUGCUCACGUUCAAUUUUGCAUUUUGCACAGAAAAUAAUUUUGAGGUAAAAACUGUGACUGCUGGACAAAAGGUGAACCUAAGCUGUCCUCUCCAGACCUCUGCUCUCUACCAAGAAACUCUGUACUGGAUCCGACUGGUUUCUGGAAACUGGCCAGAAUUUCUUGGAGCAACAUUUAACUUUGAGUAUGAUGAAGAGUCAAAGAUUCCUCGAAUUCAAACCAAACAAGAGGAUGGAGAAUUUCUUCUUCAUAUUAAUGACGCUAAGCGAAACGACACUGGACUUUACUACUGUGUUAAAAUCAGACAACUUGACUUCAUAUUUAUGAAUGGAACAUUUCUACAAAUUAGAGGAAAAGAAUCAGAUGUAACUGUUUUUCUGGAGGAUUCUCCAUCUUUUGCCAUUCAGUCAGAGACCCAAAAGACUCUGCAGUGUUCAGUUCUUGCUUACUCUGAGAGGAAAACAUGUCCAGCAGAUAACAGGGUGUACUGGUUCAAAGCUGGAUCAGAUAAUUCUCAUCCCAAUUUACUCUAUUUACAAGAAAACAGUGGCGAUGAGUGUGAAAGGAUUCCUGAAACUCCUUCUGCACAAAAAUGUUUUUACAACUUUUCGGAGACCUCUGAUGCUGGGAUUUAUAGCUGUGCUGUGGCUGCAUGUGGACAGAUAUUAUUUGGAAAUGGAGCAAAACGUCUUGGUCCCAACUCAGAGGAUUUUUCCAAAAUAUUACUUCCUUCCUUGGGCUCGACUUUGGUUAUAAGUCUUGCUGUAAUAUCUUGGCUCAUUUAUAAAAUCAAGAAGAAAAAAUGUGGCUGUUGCAAUGGUAAUGUCCGGCAACAAGUCCUGGUGAUAAUCAAAGUCAACAGAGAGAAGAUAAUUUGGUUUAUUCGGCAUCAACAUUUAACAAGAACAAAGCUAAAAAAGGAGAAAGAAGGAACGUUAAAUCGGGUCAAGAGGAGACGGUCUACACUGAAGUUAAAUAUAUUUGGAUUGAUUUACUUUGCUCUAAAGUGAUGAAUUAGUUGUUGCUUCUCAUUCUUAAGACCAGUAAUAUAGAUAUUACUUAUGUGUAAUCCUUACACUAAGUUUUAAGCAAGUGUGUUUAGGCUGAUGUCUUAUUUUUAACCUCAGAUUAACAGAUUUUUUUAAAUGAAGGUCAAGCUUAUAAUUCAAUUACUGGUAUGUGAAUUUCAUUUGUUACCAAUUUUAUAUUCAUUGCAACAGAAGUUGAAGAAAAAGCAGAUUCAGGUAAAAACGAUCUAUUUUUUGCUGCCUUCAGAAGGAAAAGUGUUUUUUUUAUUGUAUUGUCUUACUUUCUCUCUUUUUUUUAUUGUUUUUUUCCGCAAUGUGCAGUUUUCAAGGGAUGUUCCUUAUUGGAUGUAAUUCAUUUUGUUUAGUUCAUAACAACAGAAUUUGUUGUUUUAAAGUGUCAUAACUUUUAGGAUAUAUAUAAAAAAAUAAAAGAAAAUAUAAUAAAAGUACAGCUUGGAUGAAGAUUUACUACUUAAUUGUCUUGCUGAAACAUGUGAUGCAUUUGCUGGGUUAAGAUUUUCGAUUAAUGUUUUUCAUAGUCUUAUUAGACCCAGUGUAGCAUAGACGUGGAACAUAUAAAAUUAAAAGUUAAACCACCUGUUGUUAAAUAUAACCUUUAUUUGUGGCAAUUUAUUAAAUUUAACUUUCUUUUAGUUCACAAAGGCAAAGAGUGAAAUCAUUGAGGUGAUGUCUUAACAUAAAGAUCUGUUUAUAUCAAUAAUAACACGACUUUGAAACAUAUUAACAGAUUCUAAAUGCGUUAUGUUGAUGACACACAGCACAUAAGAAUAUUGUACUUUAAU